AUGAAGUUUUUGACUGUCCUCUUCCUCCUUGGUUUAUCAGAUGCACAUCGGUGGCAGGACUCCGAUGCCUGUGGCUAUAUAGUUGGUGGCUUUCAUGAUCAUGUCGCAAGAGAUGUACGAGAAUUGGAUUGCUCUAAUUACAUACGAACUACUGUUACUCCGUCAUACAUAGCUUCUGGUUUGGUCACAAUCACUACAGUGACUCUUAACGAAAUCACCUAUACGGAAGCCAGCACAAAUAUAGUAUACGUGACCGCCAGAGACGUGAAACCACGAGGCGUUGUUAUAGUCACUGUCACUGGAGACGCCAUUACACUCACAACCACGCUGGAAGCAAUCACAAGCACGACUACAGAAACCAUUCCGCCAUAUGCGACAAGUGCUUGUCCGAAUCAUAAUGCAUAUGUUGAAGCAUGUCGAAGUCACUUAAGCGUGGUGAUAGCUACCAUCACCAUCACAGCUUCUACUUCGUAUAUAACGGAGUACACUACUGUGAACUUACCAAGAACUUCGCUUGAAGGUUCGACCUUUGCACCCAGUUCGAAUGUUGUGGAAACUAGCAGUGUGAUUUCUUCCAUUGAUGUUCAGGGACCAACAUCUAGCAAUAGCUUGAGCUCGAGCUCAACUGUAGGGGCUGAAUCAACUUCUGUGAAUGUUAUUGCCUCAUCCCUUUCAUCUAGUAGCUCGUCAUUCGAAACACUUUCUUCCGCCCAAUCAUCCGGAACAUUGAUCAAUUUAUCCUCCACUCUAUCAGCCACUACCAUUCUACCUACUGAUGUGUCGACAUCUACUACUAGAAUUACUCUUAGUGGUGAUUCAUCCACUCUUACAUCUAUUACUGGCAGUCUAUCAUCGGGACCUUCUUCGCAGGAGACAGUCACCCUGAAUUCACUCUCUAAUACAUUUGGUUCAGACUCGGCUUCGUCCAGGAGUACAUCAACGACUUCCUCAUCACACUCUCUUACCUCGGGCAUAGGAAGCUUCCUUUCCUCUUCCUUUGUAUCACCGCCAACAUUUUCGACCAUUUCAUCUUCAAAUUCUUUAGUUUCCAGUUUGAAUGCAUCCUAUACUACACCUUCAUCAUCAACUAGCACGGGUUUCUCAAUAUCCUCUUCGAAUUUGAUCACGGGGACGAUCUCGAUCUCUCUAUCUGUAUCUUCACUGGCUCCCACCACUUCAUCUACAAUUUCCCAUUCGAAUACCUCUUCCAGUUUAGCAUCAGCACCAUUAUCUUCAACAACCUCUUUGACAUCCCUUUCAUCCACAUUCUCCACGAUCACAUCUCAGCUGGUCACAAACAGCUCUCUCACCUCUACUUCUCUCCCCACCUCAUCCUCAUCUCCUAUCCCUCGACCUCCUGUCUCUCCCCUUAUCGCCACGUGUAACACCCCAUCCGCUUGCCGCCAAAAUCAAUAUUGUUCUUCAGACAACACCUGCUUAUGUCAACCAACAGUAAGCGGUACUGGCUAUUGUAUGGCCGAUGCACCCUGCGCAGCCCUCUCCUCCUGCACCAUUGACUCUGAUUGCGGCAUCGGUUCCGCAUGCAUGAGAACUUGUUGUUCUACUAAUAAAUGUCUUUCGCUUCAGGGGUUAUGUCAAAAUCCCAAUACGGCGAUUGUUAUCUUUAAGAGGGGCGAGAAGGGGACGAGCGGUCAUAGGAUGGUUGGAGAAAUAGCAGAUGGGGAGGAAGAGUGGACUAACAGGGGACCAUGGGUGAAGAGGCUAGGGAAAAUGUGA